AUGCCCGACUCCCAGUUUUCAGCUGACCAGAGUUCGGUUAUUGAGGAAAUCUCCAAAUGGAACUUCGCACAGUACGGAGACAGCUACGCCCGGCUCGGUCACCUCCAUGGCCCCGGCAUCACCGACAAGAGCUCGUCUGAGCAGUCGAUCCCUUUCGAGAUUUGGCAAUCCAUGGCUUUUUCGUGUCCCGACACCCUUGUGGUUCACAUCACCUCUCAAUCGAAGUCGUUUGAGAUUACCACCGAGCACAGCAACGAGUCUUUUCAAGCCGCUUUUUCCAACGGCGACUCUACAUACGACUUGGCCACCGAGUCAUAUGGCACCAUGUUGGCCAAACUUAAGAAGAAUUCCAUCCCCGCACCACUCUUGGGCCUUCAAGGCUGGGAGCAUUCAAUCCUGCCCCCGAAGGUCUUGUUCAUCGUGGAUGUCGAUGCGGAUGCUUCCGCAGAAUUUGCCCUGCUCCUUGUGGCUGUGCUAACCUGGGCGACAGAGAAAUCCAUGCAGGAAAUGAAUUCGACGGUCAGAGUUCUGACGAUGUCUUCCGAACCGAUGAACGACCUCGUUGGGGGCUUCUUCAAAGUCUAUCGACGUGCCUCGAUGGCAGAUUUCGAAAUCAUGCCCGACGCCGGCGUUGCAGUUCUGACAACAUCCGUAGAAGAGGAUGAAAUCCUUCCAGCCGUUGUUGAUCACAUUUCCAUGGCCGACCGAAAGCAUUCGCACACCGUCGUGUCCUUCCGAGAAUUAAAACAGAUCGGCUAUCCUCCUAAGGACUGGUCCAUUGACAAACUUCAAUCAAACUCCACUGAUCGCGAUUUGUGUGUCAACAUCAUCGGCGAGAAACGGCUCGUCAUCACCAAGAGUCAUUUUCGGAUCCCGGAGCAGGUUUUCGGCUCGGAUUGCUUCCACAUCGUGACCAACGACACUCGGACGAGAAAAGUGUUUGAUCAAAAGACAACCCAAAUCGUCCGCCUCAACUUGCGAACUUCGGCAUCCGAGCGCAAAGAACAAAUUUCGUGGGUCGACAGAAAGGACUUUCUGGGAGCCAGUGCUACCGUGUACCAGGGCAUGGACUUUCUCGACGGGGCGAACGCGGAGAGACCUCGACGUAUGGACGUCACUGGCUCCCAACUGUCUGGCUUCCUGGCUGGUCUGGCCCAGUUGCACGACUGGCCGAUCGAGGGUGAAAGGCUAAUUGCAGCCCUAAAGAAACUCGAUCCAGUGUCCGUGGAGGAAACAAUGCGACGAUUGAUUCAGCAGGAUCUGGUCAAUAUCGGACCCAACGGCAACCCCAUCCUCGCCAUGCGAAUCCCAACCCACGACCUUUUCUUCGAAGUCCUGCCAAUUGUUGGAUACGACGCCCGAAUUGCCAUGUUCUUGUCUCAGACCUCGUCGUUUCCAAAUGUCACUCUGGUGAAAAUCCAGCUUGCCGCUCUUCUGACAGUCGGAGCCGACACCAUGAUGAGUCUCGAUACCGAGUAUGUCACGAAGGAAGAGGUCCUGGAAGCUGCAAACAUUGGGCUGGCUGGGCCAAAGGCUGGACACGGAAAGCUCUGGCUUGUUCUUGGCUUCGUCAAAGGUCUGCUUCGUCAAAGGGAAUUGGAACCAAACCUUAACUUCUUCCAGGUCGAAGCCCACAAUAUUCUUGAGGGCGCGGUGCAGAUUUGUUCUCGCGGUUGCCGGCGGAUUCUACACUUGAUCGAGGAACUGGGUGACGUUUUCCAAGAGCUGGAAAUUGAGGUUCCCAGCCGCCGGGUGUCGGAUGAGAUGGGCGUCUUGGAUGACUUGGAGUACAAUGAAAUUCUCUGGGACCUCCUUCGCGCCUUUGUCCACCAAGUGGGCAUCGCCACCCACGUUGGAGAUGGACCCUGGCCGAUCUACGACCUCGUUUCUAAACAACCCAUUGAAUGGAGUGAUGAGGCCAUGUGGCCCCUUGAUUGGGACUUCUUCCGGAAUGCAGAUCGGCCACAUAAGAAACAGGAGGGAGUGACGAUGGGAAUCUACACCCAACUCGAGAGAGCCUCUGCAAGCUCCAGAACUGUGGCUUUGGACUGGACCUGGAUUCCGUUGCCUCUGAUUUGGCGAUGGCGCCGCGAGUUUGUUGGGCUGGAUAAGAUGAUCGGGCCGCUUCCGGAGGGUUCAAAUGAGGACGAACUGCAAGAGUAUGUAUAG